UGUGUUGCUCACACUGGUUUACUUGCCAUAUAGAUUGUCUUUGGCGUAAUUGAAGUUUCUAUAGCUUGAGUCGAUGAAUUUUAACGAUGCUAAGAACGAGAUCCUUCAGGUGUUGUCCAAGACGGAGAGACAGCAUCUUCCAAAGCUGUUAGAAUGGAUGAAAACCUCUGAUGACCUGGAUGAUUUCCUGGUGGAUAAUCAAAGUGUUAUUCUUCACAGUAUUGCAGAGGAUCUAAGAGCUUGCCUUCCACUGGAGGCUAUGGCUCCUUCUGAGACUCUGGCUAUGCAGAAGACUCAACAGAAAGCUCAUCCCACUCUGCAUGUGGAUGCGUUCUUAUAUGAUGAUGAAACUGUGGAUUCAUUGUGUGAGGAGGGAAAAAUGAGUCGCAUCUACUGCCUCAACUGUGGAUCACACAGAACAGCACCGUUGGAGUUCAUCUCACAUUCAUUCUCAAUCCCGGAGCUCCAGUUCUUAUUCCACAACGUUCUUCCAGACCUCACUGGAAAACUGGUGGUGGAUGUGGGAUCAAGACUAGGAGCUGUGCUGUUCGGGGGUAAACUGCUGAUGGGAUACCUUUACAGUUCUGCAUCUCAGCUAGUCGGAGUUGAAAUGAGUUCAGAGUUUGUCAGCUUCAAAUCAAUGGCUGUAGAGAAAUAUGGCUUCAGUGACAGAAUUCAGGUAAUCAGUGAUUCAUGCGACAUUCGCUCUCAGACUGCCUUAGUGAAUGCAGAUGUUCUGAUCAUGAAUAAUGUGUUUGAAUACUUCAUGGAACCAAGCGAUCAAAUGCAGGCUUGGCUGUAUAUUAGUCAAAAUUUCAGAAAGAAAGGUGCUCUGUUGGUAACUGUACCCAGCAUUCAGGAGGCACUUGGUUUACUUCAGGAUACUACUUUCCUAAAGACAUUAGCACUCAGCCAGUGGAUUGAGGAGGUACCUGUUGAUUACAGUGUUUAUCUAAAAAACGACACAGAUCCAGAUUCUCUCAAACAAAUCCAUCUUUAUAGAGUACUUUGACACUCAGAGGAGAAAGCGAUACACUUUUUUUUGGAUACAGUGGAACCAAUAAAUAUGAUUGGCCUCCAUGAGGCCUUUAACAGGACAAACUUAUUUCAGUUCAAUUCAUGUUUAUUUCUAUAGCGCCUUUACAAUGUAGAUUGUGUCAAAGCAGCUUAACAUAGUUCUUGUGACUCCAGAUUUCACAGUUAAUGAUCAGUACAGUGUGGUUUAAAUUUCACUGCUGUAAGUUCAAACACUGAAGAGCAAAUCCAUCGAUACACAGCUCCACAAGUCCCAAACAGAGCAAGCAGUGGCAAAUUUAAAACAAAUGAAAACUAAACCAUUUUUGUUUGUCAACUUUUAGUAGUUGAUGACGAUUUUAUUUUUAAUACAUUAUCCUUUUAAUCAUCUGUUGUAUUUGCUGUGCAUGUCAUAGAAUAUCUUUAUGUCACUGCUGCAUUUCAAAGCAGCCUUCACUGAGUGAUAAUAAAUGUUUUCUUGUAAG